AUGGCUCUCGCAGGACCGCGAGUACUUUCGGAGGAGAUCCCUCAGCCGAUCGAAGAGGGAUGUCCCGAGCUGGAGCUCGCCCGUCCUUUAGCUGGCCCACUAUGGUGGAACUCGCUGCUCUGGACCAACUUCCCACCCUUGGCGAUGUUCAGCGACAAGUCAUUUCAGGAGGGAAAGAGAUCUGACUUCUUUGCCAGCCUGUCGGCGCUGAACACAGACAGCAGGCUUAGCGAGCAGUAUGUCACAUUCACAGCAGCCCGACACGACUUGUGCACGUCGCGGCCGGUUCCAGAGAAGAACUGCCGGCUGACGGUCGAGUGCAUGCAGUACGAGGGUGUUCGGGACUGCACAUGGAAUUUUCCGCUGCAAGACUACAUUCCCAAGCGUGACAAUCACACUGUACCGGAAAUCCAGGCACGUCGUUUCUGGGACAACAAUGUUGUCCACAUGGGCAUCAAUGCGGAGGAAUUCUCCGACAAAGUGAUGCCCGUGGGUGACGUUGAGGCGGAGAUUCGAAUUGCAGACUUCGCUGGAAAUCCCUCUUGGGGCUACUACCCAUGCGUAAUGCGCAUUGCAGGCUGGCCUUUCAGGCUGCGAAAGAUCGGAACCUUCGAGGGCUACGGCAAGAAUGGGCACCAUGAGCUCAACAUUGGUCUUCAUUAUUUCGAGCAAGACAAGCUCUGGAAUUUAUUGGAAGGUCCUACUAGCCUGGCUGCCACGGGGCCUGAUGGGUCCAUGGUACCCCAGGGAAAUCAACGCCGUGGCUUCAAAUUCUAUGCCAUGUUGACCGACCUGGAUUGGCUCGGGCCCAACUUGGACGGCAAGAAACACGAUGAUGGCGAGGUGCCGCAGGAGAAAGGCUAUGUUUGGUUCACUGUGGAGGAGACCAUAGAAGCUAGUAAAACGUCACCGGUGGCGAUAGGCAAGGCUGUCCGGAUCAAGCUGCUGGAUGAAGGCAUCAUUCCAGCCUGGCUUGAUCUGCACUACAUGCAGGUCUUUGCAGGCGGCAUCCCUUUGGGAUUCUUGAGCCAAGCCGAUGUGGAUUUGGAGUCAGAGGGCGCAGCUUUUGACGACGGGCCAGGAAGUUAUGCGCUCGGUGGAGGGAGCAGUACUCUUGGCAAGGUGAAGGUGCUCCGCACUUCUUCAUACCGUCGCGUGGUUGUGCAGAAUUCUUGCAGCCGCCUUGUCUUCAAGGAUCCUCUGGAAGCCCAGGCGAACGACAUCGUGGAUAUGGGUUGGGCGAUCUUCGACUGCUGCUACAGAGGUGCAACCUUGCGACUGGGCAAGCAUGCCGGCAAGUGGUCUGAUGAUGCUGGCGGUGACUAUGGCAUGGUGGACUUCAAGGCCUCCGGACCACCGCCUUUGUGCCACGGGGAGUACAAGGACAAGGUGACUAUCCAGGCUCCGCGUUCGGACCAUUUGUUCGAGCGACGCUUGGUGAAGUGA